ACACCAUCAACAAUAAUCAAUCUAACUAACAAUAACACAAACUCAAAAAUAGUCAAACAUCAAAUUCCAUAUCUAAUUAUCUCUCUCUCUCUAUAUAUAUAUUACAUAGAUAGAGAGUUGUGUAUGUCCUUCAAUAACUCACACACACACAUAUUAAGAAGCAUUGUUCAUUUGGAAAUUAAGAUGGAUUUUGAGAACCAAAGUGAUGAGAGAGCAGUGAUGAGUAAGAUUCUGUCAAGAAGAUCGUCGGUGGGGUGCUCGUCUCGUCUCUCAUACUACCGUAGUGGCGGCGGAGAAGGAGGGGUUCCGUUCAAAUGGGAAAAGCAACCCGGGGUUGCGAAAGAGAAGUCACCGGAGAAAGUGAUUCCUCCGCUGACUCCUCCGCCGGCACUUGUCAGCCUUGGCCUCCCAAAGCCAUGCAUCCACUAUGAACCCAAUAAACACACCAAGCUCAUGAGGCUUCGAUUUUGGAAGAAGAGGGGAAGAAGAAUAACGAUGAGGAGCAAGAAAGCACAGCGAGAAUGUAAUAACAAUGAAGGUGGUUGUUGUUGUUAUGACGAGGAUGUUGGUUUCUUGAAUAAUAAUGUAGAUUACAGCUCGGAUUCAGAAUCAACAAUGAUGACAUCAUCGUCACCACGUGGCUCAGUGUUGUCUUACUCUUCGUUUUCUUCUUGUUCUUGUUCUUCGUCUUCAUCUUCUUUAGCUAAGAGUACGAGGGAAAGGGUGAUUUAUGGAAGACCCUUCAACUUGGGUUGCUUCCCUAACGUGCGUGUUAUGGUUUCCAUUGCGAGGCGAGAGUAGCGUUGUUUGUAAUGUUAUAUCUUAGGUAAAAACUCUGGUGAAGUUGAUUUCACUUGAAGUUGAUAUCUAAAAGCCGUUAAAUAAAAAUUUAGUCAAACCAGUCAAAUCAGAUAACGGUUCUCAGGUAGACUGCAGUUAAGUUUCCACUUAUAUCUUAAUAAGUUCUGAUUUA